AAAGCAGCAGAGACAGCGGCGAAGAAGAGAAAGAACACAUUUUUGGCUCCAUAUUAAUAAAAGAGGAGCACGGUUUUUUUUUUUUGUUCUUUGCAAGUUGUAAAGCUUACACUCGAAACUGAAGCUAUGGCUCGCUACAUGCGCCCGCCGAACUCGUCCUUGUUCGUCAGAAACAUUUCUGACGAGUCCAGGCCUGAGGAUUUGCGGCGUGAGUUUGGCCGCUAUGGGCCAGUAGUAGAUGUCUACAUCCCACUUGACUUCUAUACACGUCAACCAAGAGGAUUUGCAUACAUUCAAUAUCCUUUCCCAAAACUCAUGUUUGAGGACGUGCGCGACGCAGAGGACGCUCUUCACAGCCUGGACAGGAAGUGGAUAUGCGGCCGCCAGAUCGAGAUCCAGUUCGCCCAGGGAGACCGAAAGACACCCAACCAGAUGAAGACGAAGGAGCGGCGCUCCCCGUCGCGCUCGUCCCGCUACGACGACUACGACCGCGACAGCCGCCGCAGACGCUCGCGCAGCCGCAGCUACGACCGGCGCCGCUCGCGCAGCCCCUCUUACGAGCGACGGCGCAGGCGCUCCGAGAGCCCCCGGGAAUCUCGCGGACGCCAGCACGGACGAGGAGGGAGCCGAGGCCGCGAAGAGGACAGGCACCACCAGAGGCCACGCAGAGAGUCUCGAGGACGCUCCCCUUCCAGAUCGCCGUCGCCAUCCGAGCCACCCGCCAAACCGGCAGCCGUCUCCCAAUACGCCGAGGAAGAUGGGCGGCAGGAACGUUCCCCGACUCGUUCCCGGUCCCACUCCCAGUCUCGUUCAGUGUCCAGGUCUCGCUCACGCUCGCGUUCCUGGACGGGCCGCAAAUCUGGAGGACGCUAAGGGAAAGCAAAGGGGAGCAGGUGGGGGGGGGGGGGGGGGUUCCAGGAGUUGGUUUUGGUUGGACUUGAAUGUGAUGGUUGUGUUUGAAAAACAAUUUCCUGGUUGGUCCUUUUUCAGUUUUUGGGGGGGGGGGUUCCCCCAACCUUCAUCCUGGGAGGGAAUUUUGUGGACAACGUUUUUAUUUUUUAUUACUGAUUUCUACACUGGCAUAAAACAUUUCUUUGCCAAAAGUAAAGCUUUUUUUUUUUUCUGUAAGUCCACUCAACGCUGUCGCCCGUUUCCGAAACACCUCCCAGGACUUGAUGUGUUUGGAGCUGUUAGCUUCGCCUCGUUGACUCAGCUGGAAGUUUAUUGGGGUGUUUUAUUUUUGUUUUUCCGUUGCAUGUCUUUUGUCUUCUGUAGGAAGAAGCUAUUAUUUUCGGAAAUAAACUGUCGCUUAAAGGAAA